UAUGUCCAAAAUCAGAGUUGGAAAAAGAUCACAAAACACGCGAACAUCUAGAUCCAAUUGAUGACUUUGAUAUGGAUGACAUUGUUCAAGGCGUGAUUUGUUCUAUAUCAAAAGAUGAGGAAAGAAUCGCUAUAUCUUUUCGUUCUUCAAAGCUCCCCUCAGAAUAUGGAGAUAUUGAAUUGGGGGUUAUUGAGGACUUGGAAGAAAAGAACUUAAGAGCCAAAUCAUUUGAUGACAUGGAGUAUAAUGAACAUUUGAGAAAAGAUCCUGGUUUUUCUAAUCCAACAAAUGUUCAAACUUUGCUUGACAUUCUGGGAAUUGAUAGCAGACCUCCAAACUCAUUACUGAGAUUGUGCCAACGAUGGAAGUUUAUUGACAACGAAGCAGAGAGUUUGAGAAAACAACAGUCUAAAAAAUGGUCGAUGGAGACAACCGCGACUGGUGUUGAAAGCUUCAAAAACGGAGACCACGAGAAGGCUUUGAAAUAUUUCAAUCAUGCUUUAAAGAUUUACGAAGAAAACUGCGAGGCAUUGGUAGCCAGAGGAGCGCUGUACGCCAAUCAAAACAAGUUGGAAUAUGCGAUUAAAAAUUUCAAGGAAGCCUUAAAACUUUAUCCAAAGCAUCACAACGCAAGGAAAUAUCUCAUAGAAACAUUGUUCGAGAAAGCAACACGGUUAAAAGAUGUUGGUAACAUAAAAGACGCAAUUGGUGUGUUUGAGGAAGUGUUAGAACUGGACCCUCGCAGUACAGAAAGCCAGGAACACUUAAACGAGUUGAAAUCUACGUUAGCAGCAAAGUUGGCGGAGGAAGAGAGUCGGGCUCCGCAAAGCUGCAAGUUCGCGACAAGAAGGUCGAAAAUUUGACCAUGUACGAAAAUUAAUCAAAUCGGACCCGGACGUCGUCAAGAGCCGGCGAAAAAAGAAAAGG